CGCAGACGGAGGUGGCUGUGCUGGACCGCGCGGCGCCUUGCGGUGGGAGUGUCUCCGGCCAGUCUGCAGGAAGGACACACACUGAAACUUUAAACCCUGGCGCUGGUAUCAUGGAAUCAGUCACCUUAGAGGAUGUGGCGAUGGAGCUCAUCCAGGAGUGGACGUUGCUGGACGAUGCCGGGAGGAACCUGUGCAGACGCGUACUGCAGGACAACUGCAGGACCCCGGCGCCCAGGGCAGCAGGGACUCCACCAUGCAAAGCCAGUCUCGUCUCCCAGGUGGAGCCAAGAGAAGAGCUGAAAGCAGCGGAGCACAGCGUUCUCUGUGCCACAGGUGUGGACUGGGAAUCUCAAUUUACACCCAAAGAGCCUACUCCUCUGCAGGAUAUUUCAAUGGAAAACUCAUCCUAUGAUUUGCAAAUGGGGCCAGAGCUGGACCUGAAGAUAGAGAUCAAGUCUGAGAUGGAAGAGGAGGUGAUGCCUCCAGCUCCAGAGGACUGGUCAGCUCUCCAGCAGUCUUCUGAAUAUGCAGUCAGCCUGGGAGGUGGUCUGCCAGGAGGGCCCCAGCCUCUGUCAAGAAGGCCCAAGGUUCAGGAUAUGUCUGGGCUGAAGGUGGCUGUGCAGAUGCAGAGGGUGGCCACGCCAGAGCCUGCGCUGGGCCUCCCCAGACUGUGGAGGGCUGGGGGUGCUGCUCUGUCUGCUCAGGGCCCUGCCUGGCUCCAGAAGGAGAGCACAGAAGAAGCAGCCAUGACUCCUGGGGGACUGGCCACCUGUCCACAGGAGCCAGUCACCUUCGCGGAUGUGGCCGUGCUGUUCACACCGGAAGAAUGGCUGUUUCUAGACUCUGCCCAGAAAAGCCUGUACAGAGACGUGAUGCUGGAGAACUACAGGAACCUGGCCUCUGUGGGUGAUCAACUCUGCAAAACCAGGAUGUCUUCCCAUAUGGAGCAAAGAGAAGAGCUGUGUGUCACCGAGAGAGGGGUCUUCCCAGGAGCCCAGUUAGGUCCUCACCUUCAACGCCAAGACUCAAUUCCUAAUCAAGAUAUUUUGGCAGCGAUUCCAUCCAUUGGCAUGAAAAGGGAGCCACCUCAGGUCGGAGAAAACCUCUAUAAAUAUGAUGAGCUUGGGAAGCCGUUUGACAGCAUCAAACCGCUUUUUCAGUACCCGCGAUUUCCUACUGAAGGAAACCCCUUUGAAGGCCGAGAGAGCCGAAAAUCCUUCCUCCGGACCACCCGCCUCAUCGUGCCCGAGAAAGUCCCCAGCGGGGAUAAAACCUACACGUGCGAGAAAUGUGCAAGAUCCUUCCGGUACAGCUCCGAGCUCAUCCGGCACGAGAAGACGCACACCGCGGAGAAAUGCUUCGAGUGUCAGGAGUGCCGGCAGGCCUUCAAGUACUUCUCCAACCUGCGGCGCCACCUGAAGACCCACGGCGGCGAGAAGCCCUUCGAGUGCAGCCAGUGCGGGAAGACCUUCACGAGGAACUUCAACCUGAUCCUGCACCAGAGGAACCACAUGGGCGAGAAGCCCUACUCGUGCAAGGACUGUGGGAAGGCUUUCACGCAGCCAUCCUCCCUGAGGAGCCACAUGAGGACCCACACCGGAGAGAAGCCCUUCGAAUGCUGCCACUGUGGGAAGACCUUCCGGGAGCACUCGUCGCUGAAGACACACGUGCGGACCCACACCCGAGAGAAGCCCUACCAGUGCAACCACUGCGGCAAGCCCUUCCGCACGAGCACCAACCUGAACGUGCACAAGAGGAUCCACACCGGCGAGAAGCUCUACGAGUGCGCCACCUGCGGGCAGGUCCUGAGUCGGCUCUCCACCCUCAAGAGUCACAUGCGGAUCCACACCGGAGAGAAGCCCUACCCGUGCCCGGAGUGUGGGCGCGCCUUCGGGGAGCCCUCAUCCCUCAGGAAGCAUGCGAGGACCCACACCGGCAAGAAGCCCUACGUGUGCCCGCAGUGCGGGCGAGCCUUCGGCCAGUCCUCGCACCUCAUCGUCCACGUGAGAACGCACACCACGGGGCGACCCUACGAAUGCACUCAGUGUGACAAAGCCUUCCGGCACAGCUCUUCACUCAGUGUGCACAAGAGGAUUCACGCCAGGGGAGAAAACGUCAGGACCGGCGACCUGCCUCUAUCUGUGUCUCUGCCCAUGGAAGGGCCCCUUGCUGAUUAACCUCCUGUUUAUACAGACUAAGCAUCCGGGGCAGUAAUCAUCUCUCCUAGUACUCCUUUAGCUACAUCCUCUAUGGUGGCUCAGUGAUGAAGAAUCGCCUGCCAAUGCAGGAGAGGAGGGUUCUAUCCCUGGGUUGGGAAGA